CGCUGUUCGACGAUCAGUUUGAGUUUGGCCGUGGAAGCCGCCAGUUCGGUGUCGCGUUGCUCAGUUGUUCAGUUGCUCAGUUGUUUAGGUGUUCAGUUGCACGGUUCCUCAGUUGCUCAGUUACUCAGUUACUCAGUUGCUCAGCUGCACAGUUGCCCAGUUCCUAAUGCUAUAUAGCUGCUAUAGCUACUGAUACCUUGCUAUAAGUCUCGUACUGCGAUUUGUGGCGUGGAACGUGCGUCCAGAUCGGUUCGUGUGUGCCGCCCCGUUCAUUUCAUUUAAGUUCAGUUUAGUUCAGUUCGUCGGUCUCUGAAAGCGAAAACUGGCGCUCAAGUUCAGUCAGCGAUUUGUCGAUUUCUAUGCAAAUCAUUACUCGGAAAAGAAACACAUAUAACCCAGAGACGACAGAGCCGCCAUAACAACAAUAACAACAAAAGACGGCAAAGACGGCAAAAGCCAGAAAAAAGAGCGUGCUAUUUUUAUUUUGCUAAAUGUCGACUCGAGGCUCACGUCGCCGGAGCAGAGCCAAAGUCUCCGUUUCAACUGGCGAGAGACUGUAACCCGAGUCGCGGUUCGCGCAAAAAAAAAAAAAAAUAAGAAAUAUAAAAAAAAAAGCCAACAGACAAACAGAAACAGAUUGUAUCUGUAUCUAUAGUCGCGACUUGCGGCUCGUUUUGUGGCGCACAUUCGUGUAUCUGUAUCUGCCGCCGAGCGCAAAAAGUAAUCAUAAACUGGAAGGGAAAGAAAAACAAAUAAAUAAUAAAGGCAACAGAAAAGAGCGCCGCUCCCCAGCAUCCGCGGAGCACUUCAACUGAUACCGAUUGAUAGAUACCCGCCCCCAACUCCGAGGCAAGGCGUUUGGAUUUCUGAAUCAGCUGAGUCGGCUUUUCGGCGGUGGCUGUGGGUUGAGAGUAUCGAUCCCCUCCAGAGAUUUGGAUCGAGAAGAAGGAAGUGGCUAGAGUGGCCCAACUAAUUGAACAUCUAUCAAGAAUGGCUCUCCGCUUGGAUUAUCGCUGCCUGCUGGAUGCCUUCGAGGACUACUACUACCACAAGGAAAUCCAGCGCAUGGUCGCGGAAACGAGUGGAGCUACAGCAGCAUCUCCCGCUUCAUCCGCCUCCUCGACGGCCUCCAUCUCAUCCGCAUCCUGCUCGAGUGGACCCUCCACUUCCUCCAACGCCUCGUCCACUGCCAGUUCGCACAGCACAUUGGCCCAGGUGGCUGCUGCCCGAGCGGCCGCCGCGCUGGCGGAUCAGCAAGUCCAACUGGCCAGCCAGAGGGCCAUGUUCUACAAUGUGCAGCAUCCUCAGCAGCUGGAGCAUCUGGAGCAGCUGCAUGCGUUGCAGGCGGAGUCCGCCAAUCAGCAGCAGCAUCCGCAGGCGAGCGCCGAUCCCAACGCCUCCUCCAUGGCCAACAGCCUGCUCUGGCAGCCGUGGCGAGAUCUCCAGCAGGCGGCCGCCAUGCACCACCAGCUCUACAGGCAGCAGCAGCAGCAGUUGCAGUUGCACUCAGAGAUGCGUGCGACGUCCAAGGUGCUGACCACCACCAAGUGGCGACGCGAGCGGCGUCAGCGGAGUGCCGGAUACCAGCCGCACGAGGCAGGCAGCAGUGAGAGGGACCGGGAGCGGGAGCGGGAUCGAGAGGACCGCGACAUGGACAGCCCCAUUGACAUGUCGGUGACAACGGGAGCGCUCAAGCAGAGAGCCUCACCGCCGCCUCCCUAUCGCGAACCCUUGCCUGGGACCAACUACGCGGCCAACAGCCGACCCAGCGUCAUCACCCAGGCUCCACCCAAGCGAGAACCACCGGAGCAGGCCCACUCCACAGACAUGGCGAUGUGCGACAUUGACGAGCACUUCCGACGCUCACUGGGCGAGAACUAUGCCGCCCUGAUCGCCAAGAAGUCGCCGACGCCCACGCCAACACCAACGCCCUCGCCAAGUGGUACUCCCAAGCAGCAGGUUUCGCCGCUGGCCUACGGACCGCCUUCGUCAACCAGCACAGUGGCAUCGCUACACUACCAGCAGCAUCGCUCGCCGCUGCCCAAGCCGGGAUUGGUCAUUCUGGAGCCAGAAUCCCAGCAGCCGGAACUGCCGCCGCCACAGGAGGAACCGCUACCCCUGUCGCUAGCACUGCAUCGCACCCAAACGCCGCCAUCGCCGCCACCCUCGGCUACGGGAUCGGCGCCACCGCUGCCCACGGCCGUCAGCCAGGUGAUGGAGACAGCGGUGGCGGCCAGGCGGAUCCUGGACACACCCCACCACACGCCGCCGAGAUACAACACGCCACCACCACCGCCGCCGGCUUAUGGGAUAGCCGGAAACACCACCGUUGUGGCGCCAACACUGACACCGACUCCAACUCCGAAUCCGACGCCGUCACAGAUUCCCACGCCCACGCCCAGCAUGCCGGCCAUUAUUCGCGUGAAGGCUGAACCUGGACUGGCGGCCGCGGCUGCCUCCUCGACGCAGACGCCGCCCGCUUCGCCCACCUCGUCCACGAAUAUCUCGAUAUUCACCAAGACUGAAGCCUCGGUGGACGACCACUUUGCCAAGGCGCUGGGCGAAACCUGGAAGAAGCUGCAGGGCGGUCACAAGGAGUAGACGAGCAGGAGGAGCAAGCGAGCAACCCACCCACCCAACCGCACAUAACCCGAUCCCGAUCCUAAUCCUAAUCCCCAAAACACAACCCAACGCAACCCAAAAGCAACCCCUGAUCCUCAACGAUCCAACUCAAGAGCUGUUUUUAUUAUAAAUAUUUCAAACUACACAAUUAACGUUUAAAGAUCUCAUGCUGAUGUGAACGGAAAUUCUUCAACUGCGAGUGUAUUACAAGUUUCUGAUAUAAUGAUUUUAUUGAAUAUUGAUAACGGUUAGCGCGCGGAUAUCUAUGAUAUAAUAUACAUAUGCAUAUAUAUAUGGAUACAUGUGUAUGACAAAGUGUAUACGUACAAGUGACAAAAUUUUGUAUUCUUAACGCUUAGUUGGUAGAGACUAAUCCUUAAUAAUAUACCUAUUAAACAUAAGUGAACAAUCCUAAAAA